AUGACUACCUAGUGGAAUCCCUAUUUCAUACCUAAAGAAAAUUAUCAGUAGUUGAAUAAUAUUUCCUUUGUAAGAAUUGAUUAGAAUUCCCAAUAGCCUCAACAUCCAAAAUCCAUACUAUGGCAUAAUAAAAUUUAGAUUCAAUCAAAUCCGAAACCUGAAGAAACAAAAUAUAAAAGAAACAAAAAGCAAUCCAGUUGUAUUCCAUUCUAAAUCAACAUCCCCCAACAAACAUCCAAUGCCACCUUAACAAAAGUUGCUUAACCAAGUUUGAAACCUACCUUACAGAAGCCAAAACCGAACGAAGACAAUAAUUUGAAAGAUUCAGCAGUAUGGGAAAGAAAAGAUUACUAAAACCCGUAGGUUACUUUUGAAUCCUUUCUCAAUUAAUAAAACCACUCGAGAAAUAAUUCCAUUGAUAGCAAUAACAAAACUUAAUUCAAAAAAAAUCAUAGACAAUACAGUCAUGUCGUUUAAGGUAAUUCAGGGACAUAUUUUAUGAUUUCCAAUAUCCCUUAAAAUAACAACACUCACAACAACACUUCGAAUUCUUACUAUUCUAAUUAUGACAACUGCAAUUCUCAAAGAGAAGAAAAAAAAGUUGAAAAAUUAAAUGUUCUUAAAUUUUUAAUCUAAGACAACUCUUCAAAUUAAUUAAGUGAAAGAACCAUCAAAAAGUAAAGUCCUAAUAACAAUUUAUUAAAACAUAAGAAGAACACUCGAUGCAUUUCAAUGGGAGAACAAAAACAUUUGGGACUAACUCUAGAAUGUGACGAAUCUAGCAUUACAAUAUUAAGCGAUAAUGCCAAUUCAACCAAAACAAAAAGUAUCUAAAUGAAUCAAACUGUGAGUUAAAAUGAAAAUGAUAAGGAUUCUUAAAUUGGUGGAUUCUCUUCUGAAACCCUAUAAGCCUUGAUGCUUUAAGAAAUCGAACACUUUCCAAAUCCUGAUUACAUGGCUACUAUUCAAACUCAAAUAAGUCCUAAAGUCAGGGCUAUUCUGAUGGAUUGGAUGAUUGAUGUUUGUUCUGUCUAUCAGAUGAAAAGAGAUACAUAUUAUUUAGCUGUUGCAUAUGUCGAUAGUUAUUUAUCAAAAAAAUCCAUCCCUAAAGUUGAUGUAUAAUUAUUGGGUACAGCCUCAAUGCUAAUUGCAUCAAAAAUGGAAGUAUAUUCAUAUGUUAUAUUCGAGGAAGUUGAGGCAAAACAUGCUAGUGAGUUUGAAAAAGCAGCCAAUCAUGGGUAUACUAUCGAUUAAAUUUAUCAAAUGGAGAUUGAUGUUUGCACUGUGCUAUAAUGGCACUUGAAUCUUCCGACGAUUAAUCUUUGGAUUGAAUUCUACACUAAUUAAUGGGAUAACUUUAUAACAGAUGUUCAAAGAAAAUUCAGAGCCAACAACACAGCUUCAUAUAAAUUAAUAUUAAAAUUGCAGGCAUAUAUUGAUUGUUGCUAUUUGGAUAUCUAUACAUUAAAUUUUAAACCAAGAACCUUAGUAGCAUCAUUUAUGUACUUAAUCUUGGCCAUUGAAUAUUAACAAUUCACUAAAGAAUAAAUAUAUUAUGAAAUUCCUAAGACCAGUAAAUUCAUACUCGUUGAUUCUUAGAAAUCAUUUAACAAGCUAUUUACUGAAUUUGUUUAGUAUAGUUUUGGUUUCAAUCUAGUAGAUCUAAUUGAUGUUAUCAAAUACGCAGCAAAAUUUAUUAUGCUUGAUUUUAAAUUUAGUGACACUGUCCAAGAUAAAAUCAUUUAAAGACACGAAGACUUACUUAUAUACUAAAAAUAUAAUUAAUCAGGACUUUUGUACAUCGAAAACAAACUUCAACAGUGA